GCUCCUCCUUCCCACCCUCUACAUCUGAGCCUGCAUACUUUUACCCAAAAGCUCCUUUCCAGAUCCCGCCCUCGCCCCUCCCCCAAACUUCUGGCCAGCGCCCCUGCCUGGUACCCUUUUAUCCAUCCCUCUCUCCUGCACCUUCUACCUGGUCCCCAUCUCCUGUCCUCCUCUUCCCAAGUUCCGGGGCGCUCCGCCCGGCCCCGCCCCUCCGGACCGGGGAUGUACCCCGCAGCCCCGCGCCCAUGGUCCUGACGCUGCUCCUCUCCGCUUAUAAGCUGUGCCGCUUCUUCACCAUGUCGGGCCCAAGGCCAGGCUCUGAGCGUCUAGCGGUGCCGGGGCCAGACGGGGGCGGCGGUGCGGGCCCAUGGUGGACCGCGGGCGGCCGCGGGCCCCGCGAGGUGUCGCCCGGGGCGGGCGCCGAGGUGCAGGGCGCCCUGGAGCGCGCGCUGCCCGAGCUGCAGCAGGCGCUGUCUGAGCUGAAGCAGGCGGGGGGCGCGCGGGCCGUGGGCGCCGGCCUGGCCGAGGUCUUCCAACUAGUGGAGGAGGCCUGGCUGCUGCCGGCCGUGGGCCGAGAAGUAGCCCAGGGUCUGUGCGACGCCAUCCGCCUGGACGGCGGCCUCGACCUGCUGCUGCGACUGCUGCAGGCGCCGGAGCUGGAGACGCGCGUGCAGGCCGCCCGCCUGCUGGAGCAGAUCCUGGUGGCUGAGAACCGGGACCGCGUGGCGCGCAUCGGGUUGGGCGUGAUCCUGAAUUUGGCAAAAGAGCGUGAGCCGGUGGAGCUGGCGCGGAGCGUGGCAGGCAUCUUGGAGCACAUGUUCAAGCACUCGGAAGAGACGUGCCAGCGGCUGGUGGCGGCCGGUGGCCUGGACGCGGUGCUGUACUGGUGCCGCCGCACGGACCCGGCGCUGCUCCGCCACUGCGCGCUGGCGCUGGGCAACUGCGCGCUGCACGGGGGCCAGGCGGCGCAGAGGCGCAUGGUGGAGAAGCGCGCUGCAGAGUGGCUCUUCCCGCUCGCCUUCUCCAAAGAGGACGAGCUGCUGCGGCUGCACGCCUGCCUCGCGGUGGCGGUGCUGGCAACCAACAAGGAGGUGGAGCGGGAGGUGGAGCGCUCCGGCACCCUGGCGCUCGUGGAGCCGCUCGUGGCCUCGCUAGACCCCGGUCGCUUCGCCCGCUGCCUGGUGGAUGCCAGUGACACGAGCCAGGGACGCGGGCCCGACGACCUGCAGCGCCUCGUGCCGCUGCUGGAUUCGUCGCGCUUGGAGGCCCAGUGCAUCGGGGCUUUCUACCUCUGUGCUGAAGCGGCCAUCAAGAGCCUGCAGGGCAAGACUAAGGUAUUCAGCGACAUCGGAGCCAUCCAGAGCCUGAAACGCCUGGUUUCCUAUUCCACCAACGGCACCACGUCGGCGCUGGCCAAGCGUGCGCUACGUCUGCUGGGCGAGGAGGUGCCGCGGCCCAUUCUGCCCUGCGUGGCCAGCUGGAAGGAGGCCGAGGUCCAGACGUGGCUGCAGCAGAUCGGCUUCUCCCACUACUGCGAGAGCUUCCGGGAGCAGCAGGUGGAUGGUGACCUGCUUCUGCGACUCACGGAGGAAGAGCUCCAGACCGACCUGGGCAUGAAAUCGGGCAUCACCCGCAAAAGAUUCUUUAGGGAGCUCACGGAGCUCAAGACCUUCGCCAACUACGCUACGUGCGACCGCAGCAACCUGGCCGACUGGCUGGGCAGCCUGGACCCGCGCUUCCGCCAGUACACGUACGGCCUGGUCAGCUGCGGCCUGGACCGCUCCCUGCUGCACCGCGUGUCUGAGCAACAGCUCCUGGAGGACUGCGGCAUCAGCCUGGGCGUGCACCGCGCCCGCAUCCUCACGGCCGCCAGAGAAAUGCUACACUCCCCGCUGCCCUGCACUGGCUGCAAGCCCAGUGGGGACAUCCCAGAUGUCUUCAUCAGCUACCGCCGGAACUCAGGCUCCCAGCUGGCCAGCCUCCUGAAGGUGCACCUGCAGCUGCACGGCUUCAGUGUCUUCAUUGAUGUGGAGAAGCUGGAAGCAGGCAAGUUCGAGGACAAGCUCAUCCAGAGUGUCAUAGGUGCCCGCAACUUCGUGCUGGUGCUGUCAGCUGGGGCACUGGACAAGUGCAUGCAGGACCACGACUGCAAGGACUGGGUGCACAAGGAGAUCGUGACUGCUUUGAGCUACGGCAAGAACAUUGUGCCCGUCAUUGAUGGCUUCGAGUGGCCAGAGCCCCAGGACCUGCCCGAGGACAUGCAGGCUGUGCUCACCUUCAAUGGCAUCAAGUGGUCCCACGAGUACCAAGAGGCCACAAUAGAGAAGAUCAUCCGCUUCCUGCAGGGCCGUUCCUCCCGGGACUCAUCUGCAGGUUCUGACACCAGUUUGGAGGGUGCUGCACCCAUGGGCCCAACUUAACCAGUCCUUCGUUCCUAAGCCCUGCCGUGCCCCCCAUUUCCGUCGUCCCUCCUGAAGAAGCAGCUCCUCAAACCGGCCUCCCUCAGCCUGGGCCCUUCUCAGGAAAUGACUUUCCCUCUCUCCCCACCCUCAUGGGCCACCUCAAACCCAGCCUCCUCAGUGUCUGGAAAGGGAAGGGAAGCCAGGCACUGGGGGUGGUAAGGGUCAGACACCCCCCCCCCCCCCCAGGCCCUGCCACCAGGUUUUCUAUCUCCGGUGUGGGAAAGGCACUGGAGAUUGAGGGUUCAUAGCACACUACGCCCCGUCCUGCCCUGACAGCAGCAGCCAGCUUGCAUAGGGGGAAGGCAGGCAGUCUCUGACAAGGGUUAGGGCCAUGCCCACCUUCUCAGCUAACCCAGGGCCUGGGCCCAGCAGCCAGCCAGCACGAGGGUCCAGCGAUGGCUCUCCGCCUAAAUCAUGCCUGGCUCUCACCACUUCCUGCCACCCUGUGGCCUUGACCUGUAACCACUCAGUGUCCUUAGCUGGCCUGGCCUGGUCCCAAGUCCCGUCUCAGCCUUUCUGAGGUGCAGCCCCCUUAGCCACAUCCAAGGUCAGGGUUGGGCUGAACCUGCCCUCACUCUGGCUGGUCUGUGGCUACGGCCAGUUUCGCUGCACCCAGUGGUGCAAAGGAGUCCCCUGCUUGGGCCUGGGCAGCCGAGGCCAUCUCAGUGGGCAGCUAGCCACCCUACUUAGCCUUGUUGCCGUGCCUCAGGUUCCUGCUGGCCUGGCUCAGCUGGCUUCCCUGGCCCCUCGCCCACCCACAUGCUCAGGGGGAGGCCGGGGGAGGCAGCACUCUGCAGCAGCGGCAAUAGCCUGGGCAGAACCUGCAGCAACACGUGGAGAGGCAAGAUCCUGAAGAAGGGCAAGAAGUGCAGUUGAAUCUCCCCCGGGAAUUUUGCUAAAAUUGCAUUCAGGAGACCUGGGCAGGGCCUGGGUUUCUGCAUUUCUCACUAAUUCCCAGGUGAGUGGAUGCGGUGGUCAAGGAAUGACCCACUUGAACUAGCAAGGCUCUAAAACACAAAUCCCUCACAAACAUUUGCCAUUUCCCAGAACCACCGGAGCAACCCUCCCCGGUAUUAUCUCCAUUUUACAGAUAAGGAAGAGAAUGACGUGCCAUUUCCCAAAUCAUUAGUGGCAGCCCCACGAUCCAGACCUGGCCGCCUGGUGCUCCGUCCACUGCCUGUCCUGAGAAUCAUCCUGGAGGUUGUGCCCCGGGCAGGGCUUCGGACUGACAGCUGGCUUCUCCUUUGCCCCAAGAGGCUAGCAGGGGGAGACAGGUUUGCACCAAGAAAGGCUGACCCAGGAGCUGUACAGAAAUAAAUGAGCAGGAAUGUCCCUCAGCCCCCUUCUCCACUAGGGUAGGAGAGCAAAAAAGUAUCCUCCCCCCAGUAAACCCAGGCUUCAGCUAAUAGGGUCAGCUAGAGCCUGCCCUGCCUCUUCCCUCCCCGGGGCAGUGAGUUCACACCAGGCUGCCUCAGCUUCCAGAACCACCUCCCACCGGUGCUGGCCGGGUGUAGCUCUUGAGCCACAUCAUCAGAAAGUCAAAGGUCUUCAGGCUUGGGACUCGUUCCUUCCACUCCCCCUCCUGCAGGAGGCACUGUCUUUAGCGGGUCCUGGCCCCAGCUCUGGCCUCCACCGCUCUUGAUGCCUUCAUGCCACACGAGUGCCCUUCAGUGCCAGGCCCUGGGUGUGGUGGUGACUGAGGCAGACUGGACGCUGCCUUUGCAGAGCAGAGACAGUAACAAUACAGUGGGAUGACUACCCUCCAGGAGAAACUUUCUCUUUGUCCCCACCAAUCCCACCCCGUCCUGAGGUGCCCUGUGGGCAGUAUUCAGAGAGGUUGCGGGCUGUCUGGACACCCUCGACUGCUGCCCCAUCCUGUCUCUGGGGAAUCAGAGCCCAGCCGCCAAUCCCACCAGAGCAGCCCAGGUGAUGACCCCCCAGCCAGGCCAGUGUGUUCAGUGGACUGCCUCUCCUGCCAUGACCAACACUCCACGGGUUACAGCCAGGACAGGCACCUGGCCCUCGUCUUCCACCUGGGCCUGGCCCCAUGGAGCUGGUCCUGAAACAGAGGGCUGGGAAAUAGGCUUUCCCCCAAGCCUGCUCUGACGCAGGUCUGCAGGGUUGGGCUUUUCCGCUUGGCUGGGCAUCAGCUAGGUCCCUACCCACCUCACCCCACCCCUCCCCAGGGACUAAGGACUGCAUGCCAAUGAAGAGGAAUCUCAUUUUAGCAUGUAGGAGGUGGGAAAGGUCUCACAACAUUAUCUAAUCUAGUGUUUCCUAACUUGUCCACCGGCAAUCAGAUAAUUUGGGGCAUUGCUGAUCUAGACCUACAUAGGAGGGCUUGCUCAUGAUCACAAGCAAGCCAGAGGCAGUGCCCAGAGUAGAGCCCAGGCCUGAGACCAGCCCAGAGCCUCUUCCUGACCCUCCUCACUGCCUCAUGCUGGGAUAGUCAGUGGAAGGCCCUCUCCUUGCUUUGGUCUUCCAAGGACAGAGACGGUGAGAUGGGAAUCUGGAAACAGGCCCAGGCUACAGAUGCCACAGCUGACCUGCUGCACCCGCCCCCCCUCCCGCUUCACCUGUGAUUUCUGGGGCAGGGGACAGAGAAUGAGGGUAGCAGGAGCCAAGCACUGUGGCCAAUGCACGCCUGCAGUCAAGUGCCACCUGCUCUGGUCUGUGCAGGGGCUUGCAGCUCUCAUCAAAGCUGGUGCCUGGAUACUGAAUCCAGUUCUGACUUCCAGCUUCCGGUCCAGGCUUUCCUAACACCCUAGAAACAAGCCCCUCAUUCUCUGAGAAGCUGGGGCCCCUGGAUCACAUCGAGGAGUCACAUCUCCAGGUUCCUAUUGACCUACAGAUAAAGGAUGGCCCUGCUGAAAUGGGUGGCAACAAGAGUGCUGGAGGGCUGAGCAGUGACAAAACCUGACCCUGCUUGGGCUGGUACAGCCGGGUCGACCAGUACAGGUGCCUUCAGGGACUGGAUCCCUGACCCUCAGGAAUGGACUCCUGCCCGGAUCUCCCCACGAGCCUGAUGCAAGUCUGGCAGGCCUCUGCCCCGCAGCUCAGGGGAAGAGAAUGAGCAGUCAGAUGGAGGGGGAGGCGGGGGGCUGGCCAUGCCCAGUACAAUCCCAUGGCAGCUCAGGGACUCCUGCCCAGCCCAGAGGCUGCUAUCUGACCUAUGGUGGGCAGGCCAGGAACAGGAAAGCAGAGAGCCCCACAGCCCAAUGCCUUGGGGGCCAGAAGGUUCACUUCAGUGUGAUUAUAUGGAUUUAUUGUGAUUGGCACUGUGAAGCCCAGAGGAUGGAUUCCAGCCAGAGACAGCAGCACUUUCCAGAAGGGACCCAGCCCCUCCCACCCCCCUCCCCUCAGAAUCGCAUCCAACCCCAGAAGUGACUGGUGGCUGCACACCAGGAACUGAGCCCUGUGAGCGGUGCAGUGUGGGCUGGAAGCACAGAUGCCAGCCCUCAUGCUUCAACUGGUCCCUGAGGCUUCACCUGCAUUAGGGACCUCUCCUCUCCCCUGGAGGGUUCUAUACGACUGAUGGCAUCAAGGGUAAACAGUCCAGAUGGCUCCCCCGCUGCCUCCUGGAGUGGGGCUGUGUGGGUUACAAUUCUAGAUUAGAGUCACAGGCUGGCACAGCAGUGUAGCUUGACCACUUUUUCCAAGGCAGACACUUGCCCUUUGCGGGGUGGUGCUGGCGUUGCUGGGAGCCAGACGCAUGCUUUCAGCUAGUUAGUGUUCACUUUGCUCCCACUGCCCUCUGUCCUCGGGUCCAGGCAGAUCAGGGGCUCUGAGGAAACUGCUGGAAUUCAGGACGAGGAUUAGCCUUUUCCAGCACCCUGUGAGAGACCAGAGAAAGGAUUCAGAUUUGACAUGGGGGGACACCCUCAACUCUUAAGAGAUGUGACAAGAUGUAUCAAGGCCUUAUUGGGUGGGCCGGUAUAGGUCUUUCUCCCACAGUGGGGAGGAGGAAGACAAGGCAAUGUACAGAGACACAGGACUCUGGAAAGCAACUCUUAUGGCUAUGGGGGAGGAAGUCAGUAGUUCAGGCUAGCCUGUGGCCCAGACAUAACUAGCUGAGGAAGUUUCCAGGCUUCCCUUUAGAACAUUUCUGCCACCAUAUUUCCACCUGCAAAAUGGUAAUGGAGGACCGGGGGAGCUGAGGGAGAGAACACAGCCUUGCCAACAAGCAGUGUUAGCCUGACCCUUCCUCUGCUGCCCCUCUGCCUUGCCCUUGGGCAAUCGUUCUCAGAUGAUUAAAGCAGCUGUCUGCAAGGCAAGAAUCAAGCAGAAUGGUUCCAGGAGUGUUCUGGUUGGGAGGAGGAGAAAGAGGACAACUUUGGGAUAAAGCAUUAUGAGCAUGGGUCAGAGCCCUACAUUACCCAAUCAGAAUGGCCGGGAUGAAGAGGAGACCAGCUCCCAGGAGGAAGGGGAACCCCUUCAUAAAGUUCAGGGUGGCCGGGUAGAGCGAGUUGAAAAUGCCAGAAGCCAUCAGCAUGGCCAAGCCAUUGACGCAGGCCACAGCAGAAAAGAGAGCACCUGCGAAGAAAUAAACAUCACACACUGAGGUCUGAAAGGCCUAGAUUCAAAUCCUAGCACCCCUAGCUCGCUGUUGUGUGACCUGGGCCAAGUCACUUAACCUCUCUGAGUCUCAUCUUCCUCAACAAUAAAUCCUACAUCAUGUGUUGUGGUAAGGAUUCAGGGAGGUCAUGCACAGAAAGCACUUCGCGCAUGGGACUACAGAACAAAUGGCUGGCAUUAAAUCCAUGUAUUAAAAGUACAUGUGAUAUCUUCUACCAAAAAGCCUGAUAAAGUGGUUUUUGGUUUGUCUCCUUUUGAAAUCAUCUCCUGUUUGAGAUUAAUUGCUGGGUUAAUUCCCAGUUCUAACACUUAUUGUCUGUGUGAUCACUGGAUCAGCUGCUUAUCCUUCUGGGUUUCUGUUCCCCUUCUGUUAAAUAAGGCUAAUACCUAUUUUUCAUAGACUGCUGGCAACAUUAAAUUCACACGUAAAGUAUCCAGCACAGGCCCCCUGGAGGUAGUAAGUUAGUAAGUGCUGUUCUUCUCUCCUGUUCCCCUUGGCAUCUCAGGGCACAGUGAAGGUGCUAGAAAAAAAGCUUACUGAGUGAAUGAAUGAAGGUACAUGGGUUUUGGGAGGCAAGAAAACAAACCUCUACUGGGCUACAUAUGGCACCAGAUCCUCCUUCCAGGGCAGAUGGGGAAAAGUGCAUGAGCCAGAUGUUUCCAGACUAGGGUCUAAGGACCCAGAGGCCUGAGGCUAUUCUUUAUAGAUAUGCCAGCAGAACCCAAAUUUUGCAAAAUGAGCAACAACCCAAGAGAAGUUGAGUUUGAACUCUGUCUGACCGUCAAGAGCUGGAAGGCCCUUGUCAUCAAGAGCAAACCGCUCAUGUAACAGAGGAGAGAACGGGUGCAGAGACAGAAAGGGACCUGCCCAAGAUCUCACAGCCAGUGGUACCAGAGUCAGGACCCAAACCACAUCCCAAGACCUGCUGCUCUUUAAAACAGACCCAGGUUUGCAUCCCAGCUCCACCACUUACUGAGUGACUUUGUGUGACCCAAUUUAACCCUCUGGGUCUCUGCUUCUUCAACUGUCACUCGGGGACAAGGAAAUAUCGAAAGGUUGUCUGCUUCCUCUAAGCUUACACACUGACCCUAGUGAAACAUCAUCUCAUUCAUUCUGCAGCUGGAAAAGCUGAGUUCUGGAGAGUAAAUCCUGCACUUGGGAUUUACCUGAAGGAACAAGUGUGCUCCGCGAACUGCAAAUUCCAACCCUGUGAUCUGAAAAUCCAAGGCACUGUGGCCCUCUGCCAAUCCCAGGCAAUUUGACACAAGUGCAUUUGUCUCGGCUACUAACGUCUCCUGGGUGGAGGGGAGGAAGGUACGCAGCCUCCCGGCUCACAGCUGCCCUCUGCCCAGUUCAGGCAACACUGGGUAUGAGGGACCAGAUACAGGGUGACCCUGACACUCACCCUGCUCUGACUCGCCCACCAGCUUGGAGAGCUUGGCCCGGAUGAUGGGUGUGGUAACCAAUGACAGGAACAGGAGCCCAUACCCUGCAGAGAAAGAAACAAUCAUCAAGGAAAUGGAGUCAGGGAGAGGAGCACCCAAGCACCCUAUGUAGCAGAACUCCUAUACAUACCUCAUGUGGGACUCAGGUUGGACACAGGAAGGACUUCCUUACUGGUGAUGGAGACAGUGAGCAAGGAGGAAGGGAGACUACCUUUCUCAAAGCUUGACCUACCUGCUACCUGUUUCAUGAGUGAAUGCUGAUUCCCCACCAAUUGCGUUCUUGUCGCAACACCUCUUGUGGUCGCAGCAGGCAUCACCCAACCAUCUUGCACUUAGAAGGGAGAUGGCAUGGUCCAGAAAACAAGCAUGGGCUUUGGAGUCGGCCCCGAGUUCUAAACCUGACACCAUCGCUUCCUAACUGUGUGGCCUUGGACAUGACUCCUAUCUGUGAAAGGAUAACAAAGCCCUCCUCACAGGAUGGUUCUGGGGUAUAGAAGGCCCCCUAAGAUUUCAGGGCCGAAUCCCUGAAAUUUGUAAAUGUUGCCUUAUUUGGAAAAUGGGUCUCUGAAGACAUGUUUAAGUUACGGAUCUUGAGAUGAAGGGAUUUUUCCAGGAUUACCAGACUGGGCCCUAAAUACAAUCACACGAAUCCUUAGAUGAGGGAAACAGAGGGAGAUGUGACACGGAACAGAGAAGGCACAUGGAAGAGGAAGAGACCAUGUCACCACUAAGACAGAGACUAAGGUGACAUGGCCACAAGCCAGGAACUCCAGCAGCCACUGGAAGCUGGAAGAAGCAAGGGAGAUUCCCUCUGGGAGACUCUGGAGCUGGAAGCAGCCAGGAGCGUGGCCCUGCUGUCCCCUUGAUUUUGACCCCAGUGAUACUGAUGCUUGACUUCUGGCCUCCAGAACUGUGCCAGAAUAAAUUUCCAUGGUCUUAAGCCA